AUGGCUAGUGAUUUGGACGUCGCACCUCAUUUCCCAGCACCACUUCAAUAUUUAACGAAUCCAUAUAUUCCGAAAUACCAGGCCGAAGGCGAAGUUUAUUUCUCUAGCAUAUGCUCACACUCCAAUGUAUCAUUAUUUUUGUCGAAAAAUAUGCUUGAUGUCAUGAGCCAGUUGAGUGUUCUCACAGUGACGAUAAUUCGUGAGAGAGAAAAGAUGAAUCCGACCAGCAAAACGCAACUCCUCCGGGGAGACCAAAGCUUCGCUGGCCUCUGCGUCUACCCAAUUUUGUCUGUACUUCUGAAGAUCCAAAAUCAGAUACAUAAUAAGACUGAAGAGUUGUGUAGGAUUGGCGCCCUUCUCUUCAUAGCGCAGGUGAAAAGGUGGUGCGGGGUCAUUCCUGUAAUAACCAAGGUUUUGAUGGCCAAGUUGCGUCGCUUGUUGAAGAAUGAGUGUAGUGUAUGGGAUGUUAGGGUGAAGAAGCUGAGGUUAUGGACACUUGUUAUGGCUGGCUGCACGGCAACUACUGAUGAUGAGAGAGCUUGGGUUAUUGAGACUGUGAAACGGGAUAUUUCUGACUGGACUGAAUUGGAGAAUGUGAAGAAAAUGUGGUGGAUAGAUGAGCUAUUUCAGGUGGGAUUGUCAAAUAUCGAGGAAGAGAUUCAUUUAUUUCAAGAGAUAGAUCCAUAA